CACAACAUCAUCAGCACGUCUUUACACACUCAACAAUCGACCACCAAUUGCACAUAUGGAAACGAGAAGUGACGUCGACGACCACGGCCGAAGAUAUCGCGAAGCUGUGCGAAGCCGUUCCUGCGGACUUAGCGGACCUGAUUCGGAAAUACCCCAAGAUUUUCCCGGACGACCUGCCAACGGGACUUCCACCGAGCCGACCAGAAGACCAUCGCAUCGAGCUAUAACCCGGCGCCCAACCAACGGUACAGCGACAAUUUCGGCUCAGCCAACCGGAACUAGAAGAAUUGCAGCAGCAGCUGGAUUACCUUCUGACGAAGGGAUUUAUCCGGCCCAGCACAUCCCCAUACGCCGCCCCGAUACUAUUCACGCCGAAGAAGGAUGGCGGAUCAGAAUGUGCAUCGACUACCGCGCGCUCAACCGGAUCACCAUCAAGUCGCGUUACCCGAUCCCGCGAGCCGACGAACUCCUCGACCAACUCCGCACCGCCAAGUUCUUCUCCAAAAUCUACUUGCGAGGGGGUUACCAUCAGAUUAGCGUCGCCGUUGAAGAUUGUCACAAGACCGCUUUUAGAACCCACUACGGCAGCUAUGAGUACCUGGUGAUGCCUUUUGGCCUCACGAACACGCCCUCGACAUUCCAAAUGACCAUGAAUGGAAUUUUCAGGGAACUCUUGGACAAAUGCGUCAUCAUUUACCUCGACGAUAUACUCAUCUACAGCCGUAGCCGGGAGCAGCACUUAAAAGAUCUUGAUGCAAUCUUCACGCUGCUACAGAAGAAUCGCCUCAUCACCAAAGGUUCUAAGUGCAAUUUUCUUAAGCAGGAGUUGGAGUUUCUGGGCCACAUCGUCUCUACUGAAGGAGUGAAAAUCGACCCCAAGAAAAUCAAGACCAUCCAGGAGUGGAAGCCACCAAGCAACAUCAAGGAGCAGCAAAGUUUUUUGGGUUUCGUCAACUACGUCCGCCGAUUUAUCCCUAACAUGGCUGGGUUAUCUGCCCUGCUAACUGACCGACUCAAGGAGCACGAUUGUUUUUGGUGGGGAGAGAAGCAGCAAGCUACAUUCGACGAACUGAAGAUCGCCCUCACGUCGCCACCCGUCCUUCGCAUCUCUGAUCCUGACCGUCCAUACGAAGUCAUCACCGACGCCAGCGACAUCGCCAUCUUCCACUAUACCAUCACCUACAAACAGGGCGCCAAUAACAUUGCCGAUGCCCUGACCCGACCCACUGCCCAUACAGUCGCCAUACUAGUUGCCCAGACUAGCCCACUCCUUACAGGACUAUUUACCCACGGCUACAAAAUCGACCCCUUCUUCCGUUCCGCUAUUCACCAACAACAUACUACCACUACUAGCCACUAUUUUCAUAAAAACGACACUUCCCGAAUCUGGGUUCCCGGCUACGAUAUACUUCGUACCCUUCUAAUCCAGGAAUCCCAUGACAAUCCUACCUCAGGGCAUUUUGGAGUCGACAAAACCAUGAAGACGUUGCAGCGUAAUUAUUAUUGGCCGAACAUGGCCGACGACGUGCGCAAGUACGUGUCCUCCUGCACUGCCUGCCAGAUCAUGAAAUCAUCCCAUCAGCAAGCAGCCGGACUAUUACAGCCGUUGGAUCCGCCCGAACGACCCUGCCAACACGCCACGAUGGACUACGUUACAGGAUUGCCGGCCGGUCCCAGCGGAAACGACGCCAUCCUCGUGGUCGUCGACCGACUCACGAAAAUGGCGCACUUCAUUGCCUGCCAACAUAAAAUUACAUCCGAACAAACUGCCCAACUGUUCAUUGCCAACGUCAUCCGACUGCACUGACUGCCCUCCGCCAUCAUUUCCGACC